AUACUCAUAAUUCAAAAACAAAAUAAAUAUUUUUUAUUCAAUUAAAUACAAUCAAAGAAGAAGAAAAAGAUGAGAAGUUCUUCUCUUCUUGGUUGGUUCUUGAUCAUCUCCCUCUUGCUACUCUCUCAGUCCCUCAUAAUUUCAUGCGAACAUUCCAAGAUCACUCCUUUGGAGCGGAAACUAGUUGAACAUGAAGAGAAGAACGCAGAUGGGUCUCACGGUCAUCACCAUGACCAUCUUCGAGUUUUUGUGAGGAAAAGCAAGAAGAAGAAGAAGAAGAAGUCAUCGGCUACUAGAACUCUUCUCUCUAACCCAUUAACUUAUCUAUCUACUGUUGUAAGUUCCUUUGUUUUGAUCCUCGCCGCAUUCUAAUCUAUUUUCCAAGAUAUUAGGUGGGUUUUUCUCGUUUCUCGUCAAAUGGUUUGAAUUUGGAUGUUGAUUGAGUUUGUAUUUGCGGUUGUUUUGUUUUCUUUUUUUCCUCGGCAAAUAUUGAGUUUGUAACUCUCUAGCUAAAAUAUGAAAGUUGUUUGCUUUGGUUGUCUAUUAAUAAUGUGAUU